UUUUCGGCGGAAGUUGGAGUGACGACUUCCGCCGGCGCCAUUCGAUCGCCCUGGAGUGCCCCGGAACGUUCGGGAACGCCAAAAUGAAAGUGAACAUUAAAAGUUGGGCCGGCGUCGCUUCUUGGCGCUGGGUGGCCAACGACGACAAUUGCGGAAUCUGCCGCAUGGCGUUUGAUGGCUGCUGCCCGGACUGCAAAAUGCCUGGGGACGAUUGCCCUUUGGUGUGGGGCCAGUGCUCACAUUGCUUCCACAUCCACUGCAUCAUGAAGUGGCUCAACUCGCAGCAGUUGCAGCAGCUUUGCCCGAUGUGCAGACAAGAGUGGAAGUUUAAGGAGUGAUUCAGCACUGUGCCGGAAUGUGCAGCCUCCAGAUGUCACGUGCACAAGUGCUUCGUGUUGUGCACACUGGACACGUUUGUUGCCGGACUCGUGGCAUUCUGCUGUUCUCUUUUGUCUCAAGUAACCCCUGUCAAUGGCUGUACUGCGUGCCAGUCAAGUUGACCCCAGAAUAAUACUGAAACAUUCUCAUCUCACCUAUUGUUGCAGAAUUCAUAGCUUUUGCUUGUAACAUAUGCAUUUUGAUGAAAUACAGUAACGAACUGGCUGAAGCCUUGGGGGCUUGUUGCAUAUCAUCUAAAUCCUGACGUCAGGAACAUUAAAAAUAAUAAUGAUGUAACUA